UCACAGCCACCACGAGCCGAGGAGUAUAAAAGCAGCGAGCACACUCCGUUAGAGCACCAAUCCUUUCGGAUUACAUCCAACUUCAGUUCUAUCUGCUCCUUGUGGAAUUACAACCAGCAUCAUCAUCAUGACUCUUGAGGAAGUUCUCAUCCAGAAGCCCAGCGAGAGAGCUCAGUGCACCGGGAAAGCACUGGAAGAAGUUUUGGUUUCUGCCAAAGCGAACGACUGCCUUACCAUUGGCGUUUACGAAUCUGCCAAAGUUAUGAAUGUUGACCCAGACAGCGUGUCUUUCUGCGUCCUGGCGAUGGAUGAGGAAUUUGAGUGUGACAUCGCUCUCCAAAUCCACUUCACUCUCAUCCAAGCCUUCUGUUUCGACAACGACAUCAGCAUCGUCAGAGUGAAUGACAUGCAGCGUCUUUCUGAGAUUGUUGGUGACAAGGCUGAAGAAUUUGAGGAUGCUCACUGCGUGCUUAUCACGAACCCAACUGAGGACUCCUGGGAGGAUCCAGCUCUGGAGAAGCUUCACCUGUUCUGUGAAGAAAGUCGCAGCUAUAACGAGUGGGUUCCUGAGAUCACUCUCCCCGAGCGUUGAUCUGGGCCUGCACUCUUCUCUGUUGAGAUGCUGUAAACCUUGAGGAAUACUCUGCUCAUCCUUUGAAGCAAGGAUGAUGAUGUUUCCACAUCCCUGGAUGCUCCUGAGGAGGCUGAACCGUCCAGGCAGCGCGAGGCAGGCCCGAGUGGCCCUCGCGGUUCUACGUCGUUCCUCGUCCCGUCCAUGCCAAGAUGAUCCUCAUUCUUUAUGUGAAUGAGGUCAGGUAUGCCACGAGAGCGACACAAUGGCCCUCAUUCUUUGUGCGGAUGAGGUUUGGAGAGAAAGGAGAAGCGAGUUUUGCCUCUGUUCCACAGAGCAAAUAUCGCAUGCGUUGGACACGCAGAGGACGCGGCGGUGCGUCGAAGCAACGUUUUUAAAAAUGGACUUUAACAUCUCGGACGUUUUUAAAAAUGAAAUUGCUGCACAAUAUAACGUACCUUAUUGUCGGCAAUGUGCUUUCCACUUUCCAGAAUUGUCUUAUUCUCUAAAGGUUUCACUUUAGAAAUAUUAAUAUGACAUAAAAGAAGAAAAAAAUAACUUAAAAAUCACUAAAUGUUUAUAAAUAUUUGAUAUAAAAAUGAAGAAAAAUAUUUAAAUAUGCUUUUUCAGAAUGCAUUGUAGAAAUAAAUGUUGCAUAAAAACAAUAAAUGUGUUAAAAUGAA